AUGCAGUUUUUCACGCUCUUUCCGAGACAAUCAAAAAUAUUUUCACCUUUCUCGGAUAAUGUUCGUGCAAAUUUAAUAUCAAUACCAUCAAUUCCAUUUGAUUUAAACGAAGUAGAAGAAGAAGCAAACAAUCGAAGGAUAACCAUGGAUGAGCAACAGCAACAUUUUGAGAACGAGAACAAAGAACAGUUGGAAGAAUUUGAUAAAGCU